UAAUGGCAGCGAAAGAAAGAGAUACCAAACCCUGGUAGGAGGAGCCUUUUCCGAUCACCACUCGUCUUUUCCGGCGUAUCAAUCCAAGCUUAGGAAUCUUGCCAUUCCGUUGACGACGUUGGGAGAUGGAAAAAGAGCAAGAGUUGGAGUGGCUUGAAGCCCAAAAGAUUGUAAUAAGUGAAGAUCUUGUGGCCGUUGCAAAAAUGCAGCUUCAGUUCCUUGCAGUUGUUGAUAAGCACAGAUGUCUCUAUGAUGGUCCUACUUUACAAAAAGCCAUCUACAGGUAUAAUGCUUGCUGGCUUCCCUUGCUUGCCAAACAUUCUGAGUCCCAGAUCUUUAAAGGACCCCUAGUUGUUCCUGUGGAUUGUGAAUGGAUUUGGCAUUGUCACAGGCUCAAUCCAGUGAGGUACAAAACCGACUGUGAGGAUCUUUAUGGUAGGAUUCUUGAUAACUACAAUGUUGUAUCUUCUGUUCAAGGGGCUUCAACAAGUGAAACUGAAGAAAUAUGGAACACGAUGUACCCCAACGAGCCCUACCUCUUGGACUUGACAAGAGAUUUUUCAAAGGAUACAUCUGAAAAAAUUUCUGGAUGUGAAAAACAUACCAAAUAUGAUUUGGUUUCAGCUGUUAAAAGGCAGAGUCCUUUCUGUUACCAGGUAUCCAGGCCCCAUAUGAAUAAUCAACAUUUUCUUGAAGGAGCUGUAGCCAGAUACAAAGGUUUUCUAUAUCUAAUCAAGAGAAACAGGGAAAGAUCCAUAAAUUGUUUCUGUGUUCCGACUUACGACAUUGACCUUAUCUGGCACUCUCAUCAGCUGCAUCCUGUUUCUUAUUGCAAAGACCUGUGUAAAUUAGUUGGCAAGGUAUUAGAGCAUGAUGACAUGGUUUCAGACAGAACAAAGGGGAAAAAGUUAGAUUUUGGGUUUUCAGAAACUACCAAGCAGUGGGAGGAGACAUUUGGUUCACGUUACUGGAGAGCAGGAGCAAUGCAUAGAGGCAAUGCUCCCUCUCCUCUUACAACCACUCCUUACUCACCCAAUAUGAUGACCAAGAAGGUAGUUGCACCAUAUGAUUGUCAGAAAAUAAUCCAGCUUCCUGAGGUGAAAGUUGUGGAGGUCCUUCUGGAGAUUGUUGGAGUCAAAAACUUACCAGUGGGACAUAAAGGAAGCCUCUUUGUUUCAUUUAGUAAAACACAGCCGGACACAAUCUUCAAUGCUAAGCAAAGACUGACCAUUUUUUCGGAGUCUGGGGAAAAGCAGGUUGCUUCUUUCCAGUGUGAACCUACAGGAGAGCUGCUGUUUCAACUUAUAUCCCAUUCACCUUCCAACUUACCCAACUUACCGAUACCGAGGCCUUCUAAAAAGAUGGGUUCCACUUCGCUCUCCCUGCGAGAGUUCCUUUCCCCAAUUUCUAGACUCUCUGUAGAAAAAUGGUUGGAGUUGGUGCCUAGUUCUGGAAAUGUGAGUGCUAAGCCAAUAUGUUUACGAAUUGCUAUCUCGUUCACUGUUCCAGCCCUAGCACCACGUAUCGUUCACACUGUUUGUUCUCGGCCAUUCUUAAGAAGUUCAUGUUUUUUCCCACUUCCUGGAAGGAUCCAACAUGCUAAGAGGUGGACACGUGUUAUUGAUGAAGCUGGAAGUGAGGUCAUCAGCCUCCAAAUGAGGGAUUCAAAAAAGGGAACUGCAAGAGACACCUCUGUUUCAAGGAGAGAGGUGAUCGGUGUUACUACAUCUCUUGAAACAAUUACUCUUGCACAGUUCUUAGGCACUGGGUGGUCAUUGAUGGAUUAUAAUUGGUGCCUUAAGUUUGAGAAGAAAUCUGGGAAAGAUGGCCACCUCUUUGAGCUCGUGGGGAAUAGGAUGGUGAAAAUUUACCCUGGUAGAAAGCUGGAAUUCGAACACAAGCACUGUGAGAGGCAGAAAAGUGACCAUGGCUUCCUUACUGCAGUUGAAUUCUCUGCAGAAGUUCCUUAUGGAAGAGCUGUGGCAUUGCUUGACUUGAAAUCUGGAUUUCUCAAGGUGAAUGAAGAGUGGUUAGUGCUGCCUGGGAUCAUAUUGGUCUUCAUACUUUCUGAUAUUUUGAGGAAAGAAGGAUGUGAUAGCUUCACUGUCAGUGAAGGCAAUUUGAAAGAGACAGAAAAUUUAAGUGGGUGCUAUGAAGAUGAAAAACCCAACCUAAGCAAUACCAUGGGACUGGAAGUGGAGUCGAAGAUGGAGGGGCCUGAAGGAAAUGCAGUCAUGCCAGAGGAAGGAAGGUCACACAGUGGAGGAUGUGGCAGUGGUUGUGGUGGUGGGUGUGGAAACAUGUCAAAGAGUGGUGGCUGUGGUGGGUGUGGAAACAUGGUGAAGAGUGGUGGCUGUGGUGGUGGUGGUUGUGGUGGUGGCUGUGGUGGUGGUUGUGGUGGUGGAUGUGGCAGUAGGUUUAAGAGUGGUGAGUGUGGCAUUAGCUUCAGGACUGGCGACUCCACUGGUGAAUCUAGAUAUGGAACCAACGCUGGUAACCCCUGCACGGGCGAACACUUAAGGGAAGCACCACCCACUCAAAUGAAUGCAACAGCUGUUGCUUAAUAUCGACUUUCUUAAAGUCCCUAGCAUUAUGGAAUAAGCAGCAAUAAACUUAUCACAUUCUGAUAAGAUUCUUGUAAUGUGUGUUAUGGGUUCCUCUAUGUACAGGGUUUUUACCAACAUCAAGUGCAACUAGCAUUUGGAGUUGCAGCUGUGUGCCUUCUUAAUGUAAUGUGUAAAUGGACCCAUUGGGUUCUCUUCUUCUCCUAUUCCUCGAUGUAAAGUGUGAUGGAACUUUUCAUUGCCCAAUAAGUAUGGCACACAAAGAAAUAAAAUUAUAAGGCGUGACCAUCAGACUUAGCUGGAGCUUUUAA